UGUGCCUGCCAAACCGAAAGCGACUCGUCGUCAAGCCAUCCCUUAUAACACAGCGCAGCGGCCUUCCCUAAUUUUCAGCCACCUACCUACCCGCGCGCACAAGCCGCGAGCGAGACACCCAACCACCUCCGCCGGCGCCGGCCACGGUCGCCAAUGGAGCACUACGAGAGGCUCGAGAAGAUCGGCGAGGGCGCCUCGGGCGUCGUCUACAAGGCCCGGGACCGCCGCACCGGCGCCACCGUCGCCGUCAAGCGCCUCCGCGGCGGCGGCUUCGGCGACCACGACGGCAGCCGGCUCUCCGAGGACCUCCUCCGCGAGGCGGCGUGCCUCGAGGCCUGCCGCGGCCACCCGUCCGUCGUCGAGCUGCGGGCCGCGCACCGCGACGGCGCAGGCGGCGCGUUCCUCGUGAUGGAGUACGUCGGGCCGAGCGUGGCGCAGGUCAUGCGGGAGCGCGGCCGGCCGUUCCCGGAGGCCGACGCGCGCCGGCUCAUGCGGCAGCUCCUGGACGGCGCCCGGGCCAUGCACGACCUCGGGGUGCUGCACCGCGACCUCAAGCCGGACAACGUCCUCGUCGACGCCCACGGCGACCUCAAGAUCUGCGACUUCGGUAUGUCCCGCUUCGCGGCCGGAGGUGCCGCGACGCCGCCCUACACGUCGCCCGUGGUGACGCUGUGGUACCGCGCGCCGGAGCUCCUCCUUGGGUCGACGGAGUACGACGCGCGGGUGGACACGUGGGCGCUCGGGUGCAUCAUGGCCGAGCUGCUCGCCGGCGCGCCGCUGCUGCCCGGGAGGUCGGAGAUGGACCAGCUGAACAGGGUGUUCGACACGGUCGGGGCGGACGACAUGACGGACUGGCCCGGCUUCUGCCGGCUCCCGCGCGCCGGCUCGCCGCUCUGCCAGCGCAGCAGGCCGCCCAGCCGGCUCCGGGAGAUGUUCCCGUCACUGUCCGCCGCGGGCUUCGACGUCCUCAGCGGGCUGCUGGCCUGCAGGCCGGACAGGAGGCUCACCGCCGCGGAGGCGCUCCGGCGGCCCUGGUUCACGGACGCCGAGUCGGCCGACGCUGACCAGCCUCUCAACGCAUGCGGCGGGCGCUUCACGGCGCGCGUCGGUGGCGUUGCUGACGCGAUCGUUGUAUAGAAAGCUCUAGAUUCGUCAUGAUUCAACAUUCUUUUAAUCGGCUGAAGAUUCGCUGGAGUGGCAGGCAGAGUGUACAGUUUUGGUGGCGGCUUGGUGGCUCCUGUCCUCUGCGUUGUUGCACUGUCGUCGUCAGUUCCGUUAAGGUCGGUGGGAUCGCUGGUGAAGUGGCACGGGUUCCUCGAGGGUCCUGCUGAUUAGUUCAUCAUAUUUUUUCCUCCUCUUGUUUAAGUUGUCCUUGCAAGCAAUCGCAGCGAGCAUCUUGUGAUACUGUAAACAAAGCAAUACAAUAGUGGCAAAGCUCCCAUGGACGAAUCGCCAUUAAUUAGCCUUCGUGUACCUCA